AUGCCUCAUAAAGUUGUUACAAGAUGGUAUCGAUCACCUGAAUUACUUUUGGGUGCAAGAAAAUAUGGUACUGCUGUCGAUAUAUGGGCAGCUGGUUUAAUUAUGAUCGAAUUGCUACUUCGAGUAGUAUUAUUACUUAGUGAAAGAAUUAUGCAACUCGAUCCAAAACGACGACUGAAUGCAAUGGAAACUCUUCAGCUGAAAUAUUUUAGUUAUCCACCUGCUCCGUAUCCAAGUGAGCGUUUACCUAAAUCGAAAGAAAUUCAACCAACUGUAAAUAAUAAACGUAAAUUAGGAAAUGAUGAAAAAGUGACUGUAAAAAAAGAACGUCCAUAG